CCUUCUUGCAGCGCCUCCAUUUUGGCUAUCGUACUUGUGUUAUCUUUUUAGAUUUUAAACAUGAUAAACAGCCUAUUUGUAAUCAAUAAUGUGGGUGACAUAUUCAUUGAAAAGCACUGGAAAAGUGUAAUUGGUAGAUCCGUAUGUGAUCAUUUCUUCGAAGCUCUGAACAAGGCUAAUUCACCUGAUGAUGUUCCUGCAGUGAUUGCAGCUCCCCAUCAUUACCUUAUAAGCAUCUACAGGAACAGCCUGUUUUUCCUGGCAGUAGUUCAGAGUGAAGUGCCACCUCUUUUUGUGAUAGAGUUUUUACACAGAGUUGUGGACACAUUUACUGAGUAUUUUAACAGUUGUACUGAAACGUCCAUUAAAGAGAAUGUUGUCAUAGUAUUUGAGUUACUAGAGGAGAUGCUUGAUAAUGGCUUUCCUUUGGCAACGGAACCUAACAUCUUACGAGAACUCAUUAAUCCUCCCAGCAUUGUCAGACAAGUUAUGAACACAGUGACUGGUGGAUCACAUGUUGGCACCCAUCUUCCAACUGGUCAACUUUCUAAUGUUCCUUGGAGGAGAACUGGAGUCAAAUAUAGUCAUAAUGAGAUUUAUUUUGAUGUCAUUGAGGAAAUUGAUUGCAUCAUUGACAAACAUGGAUCAACAGUUUUUACAGAGAUCCAAGGAGUGAUUGACUCGUGUUGUAAGCUGUCAGGAAUGCCAGAUCUCUCACUCUCAUUUGUGAACUCAAGAUUGUUAGAGGAUCCAAGUUUUCAUCCUUGUGUGAGGUUAAAGAGAUGGGAAGUUUUCUUUUAAAUUCAGAAAUGUUUCAAUUUUUAGGGGGGCUGUAAAAUGGCCCACCGUCUUGUAUUGUCAUACCAAAGGAAGCCAUGAAUGGACAGAAUCGUUUCACGUACGCGAAAACCUCGUUUUCUUAUCUUUGAGGCGCGAAGAGAAACAAAUCACUUUGGGUAGAAAACGCUUUGGACGAGAUAAGAUGCCCAAGUGUUGAUGGUUCUUAAUUUUAAGUCAAGAGAGGGAGGAAAGGGAGAGGGUGGGGUAUUUUGUCACCCCAGACGCUUUUGAUUUCCUAAGAUCACGAGUGUUUGCGUUCACACAUAGCAGUUGGUGAUUUCACGAAUGUAUGGCCAGAAGUUGCGUUCUCUCCUUAACUACAUGUAAACAAAAUUAAAAUAUAGGAUUGAGUGCUACUGGGGAUGAAAAGUAGAGAUAAACUUUACAGGAGGGAGAAUGUUUCACGUGUAAUAACCAAAUAAAGGUAACAACGAUUACAAACCAAAUCA